UCACCGAUCCACGGAAAGAACCGAAGAUGUCGGCUCGGUCAUGUGAUCAGCUGUGUCCAAUCACAGCUGAUCACAUGUAAAUAGGGAAAUGCCAAUUAUUGGCAUUUCUCUGCUCACGAGCUCAGUGCCACCUGUCAGUGCCCAUCAAUGCCAGCUGUCAGUGCCCAUCAGUGCCACCUGCCAGUGCCCAGCAGUGCCACAUCAAUGCCACAUAUCAGUACCUACCAGUGCACAUCAAUGCCACAUAUCAGUACCUACCAGUGCACAUCAAUGCCACAUAUCAGUACCUACCAGUGCACAUCAAUGCCACAUAUCAGUG